AUGAUUGAGAAUAACUACUCUUUGACAACUGAAUUUAUUCUCAUAGGAUUCACAGAUCACCCACAACAGAAGACCCUUCUGUUUCUGGUGUUCCUCACCAUCUAUCUGAUCACCAUGGUGGGAAAUCUUGGCCUGGUGGCACUGAUAGUUACAGAGCAUCGUCUUCACACACCAAUGUACAUCUUUCUGGGUAACCUUGCUCUGAUGGAUUCCUGUUGUUCCACUACCAUUACCCCAAAGAUGCUAGAGAACCUCUUUUCUAAAGACAGAAUGAUUUCCCUCUAUGAAUGCAUGGCACAAUUUUAUUUUGCCUGCCUAGCUGAAACUGCAGAUUGCUUUCUCCUGGCAGCAAUGGCCUAUGAUCGUUACGUGGCCAUCUGCAACCCACUGCAGUACCACACCAUGAUGUCAAAGAAACUCUGCAUUCAGAUGAUCACAGGGGCCUACAUAGCUGGAAACCUGCAUCCCACGAUUCAUACAGGGUUUCUGUUUAGGUUAACUUUCUGUGGGUCUCAUCAAAUCAAUCACUUCUUUUGUGAUGUUCUCCCAUUAUACAGACUCUCCUGUGUGGACCCUUAUAUCAAUGAAUUGAUGAUAUUUAUCUUUGCAGGGUCAGUUUUAAUCUUCACUAUUACUGUAGUAAUGAUCUCUUACCUUUUCAUUCUUUUCAUGAUUUUCAAGAUGAAAUCCAAAGAAGGAAAAGGCAAAGCCUUAUCAACUUGUGCAUCCCACUUUCUCUCUGUCUCAAUAUUCUAUGGUUCUCUUCUUUUCAUGUAUGUUCGACCAAAUUCAGGUAAGGAAGAAGAUAAAGAUAUACCUGUUGCCAUUUUUUAUACUCUAGUGAUUCCCUUAUUAAACCCUUUUAUUUAUAGUCUAAGAAAUAAGGAAGUAAUAAAGGCUAUGAAAAAAGUUAGGAAGAAAACUUCAUAA